CCCCGCCUUUUCCGCUUCCGGUCGCGCCUGCCGCGUUGGGUCAGUGCCGCUGUUCCGACGGCUGUCAGGUGGAGGCGGUUUCGCCUCCAAGUUCAAUGGCUGUGGCGGUGUCUGUGAAGACGGCCCUGCAGGUGGCCGAGGUGCUGGAGGCCAUUGUCAGCCGCUGCGUGGGGCCCGAGGGCCGACAAGUUUUGUGUACGAAGCCCACCGGCGAGGUGCUGCUCAGCCGGGAUGGAGGUCGCCUCCUGCAGGCGCUGCACUUAGACCAUCCCAUAGCCAGGAUAAUAGUGGCGUGUGUUUCCAGUCAUCUAAAAAAAACAGGAGAUGGUGCUAAAACAUUUAUUAUCUUUCUGUGCCAUUUACUCAGAGGACUUCAUACAAUCACAGAAAAAGAAAAGGAUUCAUUGAUUUCUGAAAAUAUUCAAACCUUUGAAAGACGUUGGAAAAAUUGUUGUCAGUGGAAAUUUAUUUCUCAAGCUCUAUUAACGUUUCAGACACAAAUUCUAGACGGUAUUAUGGACCAGUACUUAAGUAGACACUUUUUGUCCGUCUUUUCCUCAUCUACUAAAGAGAGAACACUGUGUAGGAGCUCCUUAGUGUUACUCUUAGAGGCAUACUUUUGCGGGAGAGUGGGAAGAAACAAUCACAAAUUUAUUUCACAAUUGAUGUGUGACUAUUUUUUCAAGUGUAUGACUUCUGAAAAUGGGAUGGAAGUAUUGGAGUUAGUGGAUGACUGUUUUGUAGAGUUGAAUGUCAGUGUCAUUGGCCUCCCUGUGUCAGAUUCUAAGAUCAUAGAUGGUCUUGUGCUUCACAGAGAUUUUUCUGUUUACUGCCCAGCAGAUGGUGACAUCCGAGUAGCUGUAGUAAGAGAAAUCAUUCAGCCUGUUUUUUCAACUUCUAGAUCAGAGUUUGUUCUAAAUUCAGAAGCACAGUUUCAGACAUCUCAGAUUUGGAUUAUGGAAAGAACAAAAUCAAUAAUGAAAUAUUUACUUAGUCAGAAUGUAAAAUUACUCCUGUCUACUGUGAAACAACCAGAUUUAGUUAUUUAUUAUGCAAGAUUAAGUGGCAUAUCAGUGGUGGACUGUUUAUCAUCAGAGGAAGUUUCUCUUAUUCAAAGGAUCAUUAGUCUUUCCCCAUUUGUACUUCCACAGGCCUCUUUACAGUGUGAAAUUUCUGAUACUGCUUUGGUGAAAUUUUGUAAACCUCUUAUCCUUAGAUCCAAAAGAUAUGCUCACCUUGGUCUAAUUAGCACAUGUACAUUUGUACCACAUUGUAUAAGUCUUUGCGGACCAGUGCAGGGUCUUGUUGAACAACAUGAAAAUGCUUUACAUGGAGCAUUUAAAAUGCUUCGGCAGUUAUUUAAAGACUUUGAUCUAAAUUAUGUAAAAAAAGCCAAUGACCAAAAUGACGCAUUAAGACCUUGUAUUUAUAAAAAUAAUAGAAAAAGUAAUCAGGUACCCAAAAUUGGUAAUCACUCUAUACAUAGGUCUUACCAAGACACAGGUAUAAAGAACAGUGAUAAAUUGGAAAAAACUCAGUAUUUAAAAGCACACUCAAAUUUGGUAGUUUCAGAUGUUGAAUUAGAAACAUAUAUUCCGUGUUUAACACUAAAAAUGAUGCCACCAGAUAGAGUCCAAACAGAUGAAAUAUGGAGGUGUUUACCUCCUGAAAAUAAAAGGAUAACUGAUGACUAUGAGCUAUUAAUUGAGAGUAAUUCCACUAGGAAUUCUCUAACAGAAAACCCUGGAAUAGAAAUUUCUUAUGAAAAUUUCCAGGUCACAAAUAUUGCUGGAAAGGGGAGCAUGUUACCAGUGAAAUAUAAAUCACUAGAUACAUGCAUUUCACAGAGUUUCUGUUCAUCAUCUAUACCAGCAGGCUGUGUUUUGCCUGUGGGUGGAACUUUUGAGAUCUUACUACAUUACUACCUCCUCAGCUAUGCCGAAAGAUGUCAGCAAUUAGAAGAAAUUGUGGUUAGUAAGUUAAUAGCCAGUGCACUUUUAGGCAUUCCCAAAAUCCUUUAUAAACCCAAGAAGGGAAGUCACAGCUUUCCACAAAUAUAUUUGAGAGCUCUCCACACACUGCAAACCAGUCAACCCAUGAUAAGCUGUCAGGCAGGUUUGGAAUCAGUAACUGGUAAAUACCAUGUACUAACAUCAGUUCUUCAAUGUUUGACAAAAAUAUUAACCAUUGAUCUGAUAAUGAAUAUUAAAAGACAGCCACUAAAAAACUGUGAUCAAGAUUCUGAAGAUGAACUUCAACAUUAGAAGAUUUUUGUUAACUAGGGUUUAACCCAACUAGAACCAUAAAGUAAAGCAGGCAUAUGACUACUGGUUCUUAAGACAAUUUGGUCUACUCAGGAAAACAGCAUGACUUCAAAUGUCUUUAGAAAUAUGCUAAGGCCACCAGACCUUUCAGAUGCAAAUAUUAUUGGAAUAUUUAUGGAACAAAACUAGAGGGGAAGCCAAGAUCCCGUUAAAUAUGUCUCUUUCCGCUUUUAUGCCUGUGUCUCACUUCUGUGAGUGUGUGUUGAAAGGAGAGUGUUUUAUUAAAGCAUAUAAAUUAAAUUAGUUUUUACUUCCAUGUGCCAUUUCUUUCAUUUCUAUUCCAUUUGGAAGAAAACUUAGAUUUUUCACCACUAAUAUACCACUGAAUGUAUGUUAUGAGAAAUGAGAUUGUACAUUGUGAAUUCAUUUUAUUUCUGUAAUUAAAAGUUAAUUCCAGAAAAAA